GGAGGCGGAAGAGCUUCUCGGCUCUACGCUCGGGAAUUCCGGGGCCAGUGAGGGGCCGCCCGGGGUACAGGAAAGGCCCGCCGGGGCGGGUUGGCCGCCCUCGGGGUGUCGGGACUGCGGGCCUGAGGGAUGAGGAGAGGCCAUGGCCAGCGACGGGGCCAGGAAGCAGUUCUGGAAGCGCAGCAACAGCAAGGUCCCGGGCAGCAUCCAGCAUGUGUAUGGCGCCCAGCACCCCCCAUUUGAUCCACUGUUACAUGGCACCUUGCUCAAGGCCACACCCAAGGUGCCGACCACGCCGGUGAAGGCCAAGCGAGUCAGCACCUUUCAGGAGUUUGAGAGCAACACCAGCGACGCCUGGGAUGCCGGCGAGGAUGACGACGAGCUCCUGGCCAUGGCGGCCGAGAGCCUGAACACUGCGGUCGUCAUGGAGACGGCCAACCGCGUCCUGCGCGACCACAGCCAGCGGCAGGGCUGCCACAAGCCGCCGGGGGCUCUGGGGCCCGAGCAGAAGCCAGAGCCUUCGGUGGAGCCUCCUCUGGUCCCGAGUGGUGACCUCCGGCUGGUGAAGUCUGUCAGCGAGAGCCACACGUCCUGUCCCGCAGGAAGCGCCAGCGAUGCCGUCCCUCUGCAGAGAUCCCAGUCUCUCCCGCACUCGGCGACCGUGGCAGUGGGUGGGGUGCCCGAGCCCGGUACCCUCAGCAGCUCAGCCUUAAGUGAAAGAGAGGCCUCCCGGCUGGACAAGUUCAAGCAGCUCCUUGCCGGCCCCAACACAGACCUUGAGGAACUGCGGAAGUUGAGCUGGUCCGGGAUCCCGAAGCCCGUCCGUGCCAUCACGUGGAAGCUGCUCUCGGGUUACCUUCCCGCCAAUGUAGACCGAAGACCAGCUACUCUCCAAAGAAAACAGAAAGAAUAUUUUGCUUUUAUUGAUCACUAUUAUGAUUCUAGGACGGAUGAAGUUCACCAGGAUACAUACAGACAGAUCCACAUAGACGUCCCUCGAAUGAGUCCCGAAGCGUUAAUACUUCAACCCAAAGUGACGGAGAUUUUUGAAAGGAUAUUGUUUAUAUGGGCCAUACGUCACCCUGCCAGUGGGUACGUUCAGGGGAUAAAUGACCUCGUCACUCCUUUCUUCGUAGUCUUCAUUUGCGAAUACAUAGAUGAGGAGGGCGUGGACACCGCCGACGUCUCCUGCGUGCCUGCCGACGCGCUGCGCAACGUGGAGGCCGACACGUACUGGUGCAUGAGCCGGCUGCUGGACGGCAUCCAGGACAACUACACCUUUGCUCAGCCUGGGAUUCAGAUGAAAGUGAAAAUCUUGGAAGAACUCGUGAGCCGGAUCGAUGGGCAAGUCCACCGGCACCUGGACCAGCACGAGGUGAGGUACCUGCAGUUCGCCUUCCGCUGGAUGAACAACCUGCUGAUGCGUGAGGUGCCCCUGCGCUGCGCCAUCCGCCUGUGGGACACCUACCAGUCGGAACCCGAGGGCUUCGCGCAUUUCCACUUGUACGUGUGUGCUGCUUUUCUCGUGAGAUGGAGGAAAGAAAUACUGGGAGAAAGAGAUUUUCAAGACCCAAGGAGAAGACGCAGUUUGGAGCUCAGAACAGAAGGAGCCGGAAAUUCAAAUGCACGCCACGAAAUGUCAAGUUCAUUUUCUCAGUUCCAGCUCCCAGACGUCUCGGGAAGACUGUCAUUGGCAGAGCUCAGGUCAAGCGCCCACUCCAGAAUCAACCAACUGGGGCCCCAGGGCAAGAUCAGGUGUUUCCAGGGCUGAUCCAGACGCACAAAGAGGUCAAGGAGGGGAUUCGCAUCCUAGAAGAGGGGUGGUGCUAGGGCACGCGCGCUCACUAGCGACCACCACCGUGCACCCCUGGGCUGCCUGGCACAGGCCUCCUCGCCCUCACACCGCCCCCCUUCACUCCCGUGAAAGCUCCACCCACUAGGACGCUGGUUGGAAAUCAGGUCCAGGAAUCUGGGGCCUUCAGGUUCCCGGGCAGCAGCGGCAGGAAGGGGCAGGCGCUGGGAGGGGCCUCGAGUGCCACCUGGCCUCCAGCUCCUCGGGCCAGAGCCCGAAGGAGCAUCAGUCGGCCCCAGCUGGGGACCGGGCUGCAACGGUGAGCAAAACAGCCAUUGCCACGUCUCCAGGUGCACAGGAGACAGAGACUCCCAGCUCCGACUUGUCAAUAAUCACGUGGCUUUAAAUCAAUGCCCCAGACCCUCGGGCACCCAAGUCGACGUGGACACAGGCGUAUUUGAAAACCUGGGCCUUUGCAGCAGCAGUGCACAGUGUGUCUCCCACGGGGAAGGAUGUCUCCUCGCUGCUCUUCUGGGAACUCCUGGAGACGUCCCUGGAGGGGAGGGAAUAGAGUCAGGCUCUGUUUGGAGGCUGUGGUGAUUCUCAUCUGACCCCUUUGCACCUGCUGUUCCCUCUGCCUGGGACGCCCCUUCCCAGUGUCACCCCUGUGGCUCCUAGACUUUGGUUACCUGCCGUUGCACACACAGACCUUAAAC